CAUAAUAUGAGUAUCAAGGCAUGUCUUUGUUUCCAUCAUUGCGCCAUCCAUCUCAGGUACUCAGCAGCCAACUGUUCCCUGGAUGUGGGCUUUGUCCUGUUCCUCAGCACCUCGGUGGGCCUGCUCCUCUUCAUGCUGGUGGUGCUGCUCCAUCAGCUGGCUCGGGAAUACCUGCUGGCCUUCUGCCACAUCAUCCUCGCCUGGCUGGAGGAGGCUGUACGGAGGCCCAACCCCAGGGGGCGCUAUUGCUAUGAUGCCUUUGUAUUGUACAGUGGGAGAGACGAGCGCUGGGUGGUGGAGCAGCUGCUUCCGGGCCUGGAGCAGAAGGAGCCUCCUUUCCUGUGUCUAUGUCUGCACAGCAGGGAUUUCCAAUUGGAGAAGGACAUUGUGGACAACAUCACAGACAGCCUCUAUGGCAGCCACUACACCGUGUGUGUGGUGAGUCGUAACUACCUGCGCAGUAACUGGUGCUCCCUGGAGCUGCGGCUGGCCACAUUCCGUUUGCUGGUGGAGCAAAGGGUCAUCAUUAUCUUGGUCUUCCUGGAGGAAAUCCCCCCUCGCCAGCUGUCUGCCCACCACCGCCUGUCUAGGCUGGUCAAGACCAGGUACGUACAGAGGGUGUGUCACAUGAGUGGUUGA